AUGCCCUCAUGCACCAUCCUCAGAGCAACCGCUUCGAAUUCAAAUCAAAGGUCCACUGCUAGCUCUUCAGAAGCUCCUUCCAGGGGUAUCAUGGCACGUCCCGCACGACUCCCUGAAUUUCCGUUGCCCGGCGGCCCUGAGCUAGCGAAGCUGGCAUUUCAGAAAAUAUACCACCGGGAUAUAGGGCCUGACAUCGCUGGGGACAUGGUAGUGCAGGAUGAAUACAAAGGUUGGUUGGUAAAGGCUAGACCGAUAGUCAUGAUUGAUUACUAUGGGGUUACAUUCGACCACAUUGUCCCGACCGACGACACCGAUCCAGAAGUCCUGCAAAUUAAUAUUGUUGAAAUCGAAGAUGAUGGAGGCGUAUAUGCAAACAAGUAUAGCCCUUUUGAUAUCGACCCGGCGGAAUAUAUUGGGAAGAAAGUGCUUGCUGUGCCGAAGUGCUGUCAGAAAAGGAAGGGGACGACGGAUCGGCAGAGGAUUAAUGAUGCGGUGAAUGCUAGGGAUGGGAGGGUUGAUGAUACGAUUUAUAAGUGA